GCAAGGAGGCCGCGGGCUCCCUCAUCCCGAACGAGAUCCUGGCGAGGGGCGAGCGCGCCCAGCGGAAGUUCCGGGAGGCCCUGGCGAAGGGCAAGCAGCAGCCCCGCACGCUGAAGGUGAUGUUCGUGGGCAGCGGCCGGGUGGGGAAGACCUCGACGCUGAAGUCGCUCUGCAACGAGGCCUUCGACGCCACCGAGGCGUCGACGCACGGCCUGGCGCGCGGCGUCUGCACCGCCACGGUCCAGCACAUAGAGCUCGGCCGCCAGACCUCCAGCUCGGCCGUGCCGAGCCGCCGCAGCAGCGGCGAGUGGAGGAGGCUUCCGAACAUGCAGGACUCCGACUUCGUGGACUCCAGCCUGGAGAAUGCGGUGGCGCGCCACGUGGCGGCGGAGCUCAUGCGGCCCAGCACGCGGGGCCGCGGGGACGAAGGGAAGCCAUCCUCGUGUUCCGCCUCGACCGCGGCCGAGGACGGGCGGCGCAGCGCCGGCUCCCGCCCCGGCGGCGCCGUGGAGGAGCUGCCCCAGCUGGACCGGCCCAGCGGCUGGGCCCCCGUGAUCAGGCAGACGGGAAGCGCAAGCGGCGACGUGGACGUCGACACGCAGGAGUCUGCCGGGGUCGCAGAAGACCCGUUCGUGCUGAAGAUGCCCGUCGACCUCGUGACGCAGCUCAUGCAGGGCUUGUACAUCCUGGUGAUCGACCUGGCCCAGUGGCUCGACGCCGACAGCGCCGGCGGGCCCGGCAGCGGCUCGAAGAGCGACAAGGAGACCGCGAGCGAGAUGCUCGUGCGGCCGGCGAUGUCCGAGUGCCGCAUGGAUCUCAUCGCCCCAUACUGUAUCUUGAUGUCCGGGACCGCCACCAAGGAACGAUGGCUUCGGGUCUCCGCCUUCAGCCCCCUGAGCGCCAACAGGAUCGACGUAAUCGAGGAGAUCGAGCACUCGUUCAGUGGCAUGGAUGUGUCUAG